AUGGCUACUACAGUUACUAAAGAGCAGGCAAUCUGCAUGUUGUAUUGUGAAGAGUAUAACGACAUUAACGUGAGGAGACUCCUAGAGAAACUAAACUCUUUUGAAGAUCUAGAAAUUUGCUAUGAAAAAGAUCCAUUGGAACCUAAACUGAUUCCUCUUCAAACAAUCUACUGGCAACCUCAUCGAUUUCGAAUUUUCAAUAUUAAUAUUAUGGUGAACGGUUCAUCGCCUGCGUUCGUUCAUCCCGAUAUCAAUCCAAAUUUCAUAAAAACGGAGUUUGUCCGGGAUGAACAAAUCCAGGCGUAUACGUUUAUAUUUUAA